GCUGCGUGUUUGUGAGCGAAAACGACAUCAGCGGCAGGUCUUCACGGGUGUACGGACAGAGAGGAGCUGAAGGCAGGAAGAGUCGCCGAUGGCCUCUCCGCUCAAAGUCUGCAUAGUCGGAUCUGGAAACUGGGGCUCCGCCAUCGCCAGGAUUAUUGGAAAUAAUGCCAGGUCACUGCAGCACUUUGCUACCACUGUGAAGAUGUGGGUGUUUGAAGAAAAUAUCAGUGGCAGGAAGCUCAGUGACAUCAUCAACACUGAGCAUGAAAACAUUAAGUACCUGCCUGGAUACAAACUACCAGAGAAUGUGGUGGCUGUUCCCAAGCUCUGUGAUGCUGCCGAGGGAGCUGAUCUCCUGGUGUUUGUGGUCCCGCAUCAGUUCAUCAGGAAACUCUGUGACGAAAUGGUGGGAUGUGUCUCUACCAAAGCUCGAGGAAUCACACUCAUAAAGGGAAUAGAUGAGGGCCCUGAGGGCCUGAAGCUCAUCUCUGACAUCAUUCGUGAGAAGAUGGGGAUUGAUGUCAGUGUCCUCAUGGGAGCAAACAUCGCCAAUGAAGUGGCAGCUGAGAAGUUCUGUGAAACCACUAUCGGCAGUAGGAAUUUGGAGAAUGGCCUGCUGUUCAAAGAGUUGCUGCAGACUCCAAACUUCAGGAUCACAGUGGUAGAUGAUGCUGACACAGUGGAGCUGUGUGGAGCUUUGAAGAACAUUGUUGCAGUGGGUGCAGGGUUUUGUGACGGCUUGCAGUGCGGUGACAACACCAAGGCAGCUGUGAUCCGUCUGGGGUUGAUGGAGAUGAUAGCCUUCACUAAACUCUUCUCUAAGAACGGCACGGUUUCCACUGCAACCUUUCUGGAGAGCUGUGGUGUGGCCGACCUCAUCACUACAUGCUAUGGCGGCCGCAAUCGACGAGUAGCAGAGGCCUUUGCUAAAACAGGGAAGAGUAUUGUAGUGCUGGAGAAUGAGCUGUUGAAUGGUCAGAAGCUCCAGGGUCCUGCCACCUCAGCUGAGGUUUACCGCAUCCUUCAACAGAAGGGCCUGGUGAACAAGUUCCCUUUAUUCACGGCGGUUUAUCAGAUUUGUUUUGAGGGGAGGCCAGUCCAAGAAAUGAUUUCCUGCCUGCAGAGCCCCCCGGAACACAUGUGAUCAUCUGAUGGGUCUCAGGGAGCUGCUGAAUGGACUUAUCAGUUUCAUACUAAGAUCAGGUUAGCAUUAGGUGCCUAUUCUGUGAAAAACAACAAUACCAAACAGCUUUAUUUGGGACAGGCGCCCAUAAAAUUCUAACAGCGUAGGAGGAAAAACAAAUCUCAGUGCUAAAACACAGCAAAAACCAACCGUCCUGUUGCCUUUUGGUAACCACUUACAGUGUUUAUCCAAGCCAGCCAAGAAUUUCCUCUUUAAACUAUCAGAUAUGAAAACAAGGCAUAUUCUGAGUCUUUAAGAACAAUAGGCAGAACCUACACUAUACUGCCAAAAGUAUUCACUCACUGAUCAAAAUCAUUGAAUCCAAGUCUUCCAGUCACUUCCACAGGUGUACAAACCAAGCACCUAGGCAUGCAGACUGCUUCUGCAAACAUUAGUGGGUCGCUCUCAGGAGCUCAGUGAAUUCCAGCAUGCAUUUCCUCACUACUAAA